AUGGCAUCAAGUCUCUCUGACUUUGACGUUCUGUGUGAUGAUCUUCGAAACGAAUUUGCCAUUCGAGCCCAACGGAAGAAAAAGCCUCACGAGAAGUUCAUUGCGCGAGCCACCUUGGAGACCAUCUGGACCGAGGAACGGCGGCAACGCUUCCUUGCCAGCGCCAUGCCAGACCGCGACAAAUCUGCAGAUGAACAUCUCUUCACGGAUUAUAUCCAGACGCUGUCAAUUCUAGUCUACAUUAAUUGGAGUCGGGAGAGCUGGCCUCGGUUCCACGAGAUCUUCCUCAACCACGACCGGAAGGACGCCCAGAUCCAUACGUACACCUCAGAGGGACUUAUGGAUCCAACCUUUCUAACACCGGCGCCAGGCGACAAAUUCGCAAACGACCGGUAUAUGUUUUGCCCAGUAGAUAUCAUACACAAAGAACUUAUUGAACGGUCAGAAGAAUGGCGCCUACCGUUCGAAGAAGUGGAGCCACCCACACAGCCCCGGCUCGGGGCGGGAGCGUCAGCUGAGGUCAUUUGCGCGCAUAUCGCCGCUGGUCAUUUCUGGUCUUCUCCCACUCCGGAUGUAAACAAGACCCCAGAUUCGAGGCCAACACCUGUUGCCGUGAAGAAAUUCAGAGCCAAUCACCGAAAUAACUUCCACACCGAAUUCGCGAUCCUCAGACGGUUGAUUGAGCGCCAAGGGGAUCAUGGACAUAUCGUGAGCAUGCUGGGUGCAGUUGCUGUGGGAGACUACCUAGGCAUACUUCUGCCCCUGGCGCAAACCGAUCUCGAGAAGAUCCUCAAUGGCACAGUGCAGUUGAACCCCGCACCACACUGGUCCCAUCUGUUGGAACAAUCCGUGAACUUAGCGGCGGCCCUUCAAAGCGUGCACAAUGACAAUUACUGCCACCGUGACCUGAAACCGUCAAAUGUUCUGGUGUAUACGGACAAUCGAAGCGACGGCGAUUCUCGGGCGGGUCUGUGGAAGAUUUCUGAUUUUGGGAUGGCCGAGCGCAGUCCCGCCCCGGGCGAUAUAAGAAGUUCGCGCUCAAGACCGUCUUUGGAUGCGCCAAUAAGUGCCUACGAGGCGCCAGAAGUUGUGCUCGGCACGCAUCAUGGCUCAUUGAGCGAUGUGUGGUCGUUUGGAUGUAUUCUGACUCUCGUGAUUGCCUUUGGGGUUGGGUCAGAGAAUAGCGUUACUGACCUUGAUGAACGAAGACGGUCAAGCGGUGUGUAUGACUGCUUUUACACGCUCUCUCCGGCUGGCCUCAAUCCCCAGGUUAUGGGGUGGAUUAAUGAGUUGCCAGACCGCUAUGGUCACAGAAGCCAAUUUCUCGAGGAUUGCAAGGCCGUCCUCUUGCAAAUUCUGACUAUUGAUCCAAUGAAUAGGCCAACAGCGGGUGAGGUUUCUGAAAGAUUGCAGACCCUGAUCAACAGCCAUCAGUCAUUUGUGGGCCUUGAGACCCAAUCACCCGGAGGAUCCCUUGACUUUGACCAUCGAUUGUGGGAGGCUAUUCGUGAGUCCGACUCGGAGUUUGUACGUGCACGUGCCAUGUCCAGAGAGCGUGUGCAGCUAUCGGAGAACCAACGCCAUGAAGGAAUGGGCCCAUUACAUUACGCCAUCGCCCGUGGCAAGAAGAAGAACGAGAUGAAGGAAACGAUCAAGUGGCUGUUAGAACUUGGUGCUGGCGUCAAUACCCGCUCUGACAACGGGAUGACUCCCCUUAUGGCCGCCGCCUACGGUGGCCAUGAAGCGAUAGUGCAAAUUCUCCUUAGAAACGGUGCCGAAUGCGAAGAUACUUACUGCUGUGGAGGAUUGACGAGCUUGCAUUACGCAGCUCAGGCAGAGGCUGGAGCAGGCGUGUUGCUUGAAAUUUGUACUCAUCCCCGCCCUCCUGACCUUAUCAACCGUCCCGAUAGAGAUCUGGGAGCAACCCCUCUACUUCACUUUGUCAAGAAUGCGAGUCAGUCCCGCUGGGACCCCACUGUGAAGAAAAGAUUCGACGCAUUUCUAAGGGUGCACGCAGAUACAUCCAAGGCCGACAAGAGUGGGCGUACCCCACUAUACGAGGCUAUCCAGAAGAAGGAUCGAGACUUAGCGCUCUGGCUUCUCGAUGCCGAAGCUCAGUUUGGAGCCUUGAAGGUGCCUGAAGAAGCAAUGCGGGCAUUGGGUAAGGAUUUCCGGAUCAAGUUCGAAGAAAAGCAGGCCCUGGGAACUUGUGUGGAACUGGUUGAGAGCCGGAGGCCUACUGGAAGUCGGAAGCCAGAAUCCCGCUUGCGACAGAUCGUGUCCCGCAGUAUGAAGUUGCGUUCAUGA